AAAUUUUUAUUUAUUGCAGUUAUAGAGAAGAGAAUUUCGAAGUUUUUAAUGCGUUGAAUUAAUGUAAAAAAAAAAAAAAUGUUGAAAUCGGAGAGAUGAUGAUUGGAAAGAUGACGUAUGACUGAAAUGACGUAUAUGACUACUGUUAAAAUUGAUAUAUUUAUAUUAGCCAUGACAAGUGAUUCGAUUGAUAAUUCUGAAUUAAUGGAGCAUCAAAGUAUUAAAAAUCUAUCUUAUUUUAUAAAACUGGAUAAAGCGCAUGAAAAAAAUUUUACAUCCUUAUAUGCACCGGAAAAUGCAUUGCGUGAAAAGAUCAUUCCAGUUCAACCACGUCACAAUCAAUUGCACGAAAAAAUGCAUUUAGAAGCUUCAUUAACUGAAAUUAAUCAAAAUGAAAACAAUAAUAAAAAUUCAAUUAAUUAUUUAGAGGAUAACCCGCACAAUGAAAGUAUAUACGAAGGUAACAGACCACCUAACUUUAGAUGGUCUGAAAACUUUUCAAUUACUGGGAGACAUCGGAUUGACACUUUAACUGAAUUCGUUAGAUGUGACCAGAGUGAAACAUCAACUGAUCUUGUUAUACAAAAUGAUGCAUCCACUGAAAUUAAUGAUAAUAUUCUACAUUUAAAUGCAAUUGAAAUAAUAAAUAAAGUGAAUAUAUCAAACAGUACAGAUAAACUAAAUAUAUUUGAAAAAAAAAACUCUGAAAAUUUUAUAAAAACAAAGAACAUAGAAAACCAAAUAGGUAUUAAAAAAUGCGAAGAAGCAUCAAAAAACAAUUCUUCAAUUAAAAGAAGAGUAUUGGGACGUUCUUGGAGUACGAUCUCUGACCGAAAUACGUGUAAUACUUCAACAGCAUCAACAUUUACGAAUGCAAUAUCAUUGAAAGAGACAAUAGCGCCAAAAAAUGAGACCACUAAAAGAAGAAAUCUAAGUCGUUCAUUAAGCACAAACUCACAAAAUAAUAAUAUAUUAAGUAAUGUAAAGUUAAUAAACUCAGAAGAAAUUGUUGAAGGUAAAGAGCGCUCAUGGAGCACAAGCACUGAAAGAAAUAGUAUAUGCAGCACUACUCCUUUAAUGACAUCAGAAGAGGCUAACAAACACCAAACACCACAAAAACGUAAAGUACUUCAUCGAUCACUUUCUUCUUGUCUUAGUCGAUUUAAACAAAUUUCAGUUUUUCAAAUGAGAUCACAUCAAAAACUUUUUAGUGAAGACGGGUUAUCAGAUGAAGAUGACAGUGAAACGGAUCUUAUAGUUCACAAUUUAAGAAAAUGUGUUUCUGUUCCAGACUCAUUGAACGAAGAAGAUUUGGAUACCUCAAAACUUUUUUUACCACGUCGAAUGGCAAUAUGUUCUGAAGUAAGAACUCCUGCAUUGAAACAGUUAAAAGCAUAUCUUGUUUUAACCAGACUUAAACAAUAUAACUUUUUGUAAAACUUUAAAAAUUAUGAUAAUAUUCUAAGGUGUGUUAGUAGUGAGUGAGGUGUAAAAUAGUACGGUUUGAAUUUAUGAGGGUGUUUGGGAAAUGAAUGCGUAUGUAAAACUGAAGUGUAUGACGUAAUUGUUUGAGAAUACUCGAAGAAAUAA